CGCACAGCUGUUUAAUUGUAUACCCUCAAAGACCCCUAUGUGUCCCUUCUGUCCCACAGGAGCACUGUACCAGCCUGGUCUGGGAAACGCAUGGCUAGGAGGCUUCUACCUGCAGAGCCGCUGGAUAUGGAUUGAUGGUCUGGGCUUCUACUACGAAAACUGGUACUACAUUUACUACGACUACGCCUGCCUCUACUUAAACACCGACUAUGGUUGGAUGAACACAGACUGCACCUCUACUCUGGGCUUCAUCUGCUCCAAGAAUCCUUUCAGCUGUUAACAUACAGGCUGAACAUCUGGGCUCUAUUCCUCUGUUUAAAGCCAACCC